UCUCUGAACUCUGAUGUCUGUGUGUGCGGAAGAGGAGAAAUGGCAAUGCGAUCGGUUUCUUUGAGCCGGGGUAUGUUUGCAGUAAAUCAUAGUCUCCUCCAGAAAAGUAGAAAGCACCCACCAAUCCCAACUCUUAUUAGGAGGAGAAGAAGUAGGUUUCUCCACUCUUGCUUCCCUGUUAUCAUUAGUUACAAACAGUAUGAUUUCCAAGGAAAUUCUAUUUCAGAUUUUCAUGGCUAUGCAAAACCUUCACGCCUUUUAGAAGCCACAGAACCAAAAUUUUGCACAGAAACCUUACAAGGGAAGGAUUUUACAUCUUUUGGUGUUGUUAGAUCUCAGUCUUUAUUUAAGAUGAAGAUACAGACAAGUAAUGCAUAUGGCUCAAGUAUGAGUGAUCUGAAUGCUGGAAUACUCUUAUGCUUGGUAGACACAAAUGGUGACUCUAUAUUGCAGAGAAUUCCCGUGAUUUUGAAAUCGGAUUCUACAGAACCCAUGGAUGAGGUUGAGUGCAGCAUACUUCAUUUCCAAAGAGGUUCAAUUGAUGAAUUCACUUUCGAGGGACCAAAAUUGGAGAGAAUUGAAGCUCUUUGGGUCGGCAUUGAAUCAGGUCAGUGGAGAUUAGACAAUGUUAGCCUGACAGUCAUUAGUGCUUGUGUACCUUCACUGGAGCAAGAUGAUAGAGAACAGAUUCAGUUUACUGGUUUCCAUUAUGAAUUUGAAGUAGACGAUGUCUUGCUUGGAGAGAAGAGUGAAAGAUCCGUGCUGGAACUAAGACCUAGCACAAUUUCAGAAUUAUCUGGGAUUGACCCAUUCAACUUGUUGAGUAAAAGCCUUUCAAAUUCAGCAUCAGGGUCAGGUGGCAGGAUUUCUAAUGAAGAAACUAUGAGAGAGUAUGCAGAUUUGAAGUUAUCUUUGCUGUCAUAUGAUGCUGCUUUAAUUUUUGGUGGUUCAGUAAUAGCAAAUUUCUCAGCUGGAGAAAAUGAAGCUUUCGCAUUCUUUAUUGGUGGAACUGUGGGCUUCUUAUAUUUGUUGUUGUUGCAAAGAUCCGUUGAUGGAAUACCUGCUUCGCCGCCAAUUUCCCGGAAUACAGGAAGGAUUGAUCAGUUAUUUAGAGGGUUUAAGGGGCCAGUAUCAGGCUUGACAUUGGCGUUAGGAUUCACCUUUCUGGCAGUGAAAUAUAGCUUUGGAGAUUCUCCCAUGGUGUUGACCCCAAAAGAACUUUUGUUUGGAAUGAUGGGAUUUCUUGCAUGUAAAGUUGCAGUGGUUUUAGCAGCAUUUAAGCCAAUGUCCAUGGGUUUGAAGGAGAAUGAAUGAUACUUAUCAUUCGUUUUAUUUUCUUCUUCUGUAGAGAAUUGAAAGAUUUAGAUAUGGCAUGGAAUACAACAGGAAACAUUCCAUUAUGUACAUACGUGUAUAUAAGAAACAUGAGAAAUUCUUAGGUGGGCUUGUUCUAUCACAUUAUUUGUAGACUAAAUCAGUCAAAUUAUUUUAUGGUAAUAUAAUCAUAGAUAAAUAUGUGAUUUAAUUUUUAA